UGUCCCUUGCCCCCACUGGGAGGACGGGGUCCUCACCUGUAAAGAAGACGGAGGUCCUCAUCUUUAAGGAGGCCUGACUGCCAGCCCUUCGCGGUGCUUUCUGUUUUCUCUCUGCGGCCGCACUGGGACGUUUGUCUGUGUUACUAUGUCCUUGUUAACUGUUUGUGCAUUUGUCUGUGUUACUGUGUCUUUGUUAACUGUCAUAACUGUUUACAUAAGGAGAAGGAGAUUACAAAUCUAUCGCAUAUCAGAAUGGCCAGCCUUUGGCGUGGGACUGCCCCGAGAAGGAACUUUCCACCUACCUACUAUCUUACAGGUUAAGGCCGUGAUCUUCAGGGACAAACCCGAUGGCCACCCUGACCAGGUGCCCAACAUCCUGGCCUGGCAGGACAUGACCGAAAAUUCCCCUCCUUGGCUAAAACCCUUUUUACCCCCCAAAGCACACAACUCGGCUGAAGGUAAGGAGAGACUCCGGGUCCACCGCCAGACUCUAAUGGCAGGUCUCAAGCCGACCAAUCUGGCCAAGGUCUAUGAUGUGAGACAGGGUAAGGAUGAGAGUCCAGCAGCCUUCUUAGAGAGAGUCAUAGAGGCUUUUAGGCAGCGCACCCCUAUGAACCCAGAAGCCCCGGAAACAAAGGCUGCAAUUAUCAUGGCUUUUGUUAACCAGGCCGCUCCAGACAUUAAAAAGAAAUUGCAAAGAGUAGAGAGACUGGGAGAGAAGAGCUUGCAGGACUUAGUGAUAGUAGCAGAACGAGUCUAUAAUAAUAGAGAAAGUCCGAAAGAACAACAAACCAAACUAAGUGACUGGCAGACCCGAAACCUGGCCAAGAUCCUGCUGGCCACAACCUGGGAUGACCCACAGGAAAGACGGAGGCACCUCAAGAAGCUGGCUUCAGGGACAGGUAAGGAGGAUGGCCCUGGUCCCCAUCGGGAGCGCCCUAAGCUGAACAAAAACCAAUGUGCUUAUUGCAAAGAAGAGGGCCACUGGGUAAAAAGCUGCCCUAACAAAAGAUCUAAGGCCCCUGCCAAGAUCUUGAAAAUGGAGGACCUGGCCGAUGGCAAUUAGGGGAGUCGGGGUUCGGCACCCCUCCCAGAGCCCAGGGUAACUCUUAAAGUGGAGGGGCAACCUGUUGAAUUCCUAGUGGACACUGGGGCACAACAUUCGGUUUUAUUACAAACCCAAGGGAAAUUGGCAAACAAAACUUCAUGGGUGCAAGAGGCCACGGGCACCAAACAAUACUCAUGGACUACCCGAAGAACGGAUUUCGGCAGGGGCCGGGUAUCCCACUCCUUCAUGGUCAUCCCUGAGUGUCCCUAUCCGUUGUUAGGUCGGGAUUUGCUCACCAAGAAGGGGGCACAAAUUUGCUUCCACCCCGAAGGGGCAAAAGUCCUAAACAAGAAGGGGCACCCGAUUCAGGUGCUUGUCCUGAGUUUAGAAGACGAAUAUCUCCACCAAAUGCCCUCAGCCCCAAUGACUGACAUUGACUGUUGGCUGCGGGAAUUUCCCCAAGCGUGGGCAGAAACUGGGGGAAUCGGGCUGGCCCAGCAUCAACCGGCCAUAUACAUAGAACUAAAGCCAGGGGCAGACCCUGUCAGGGUCCGCCAAUACCCCAUGCCUCUAGUAGCACGAAAGGGAAUCACACCCCACAUACGGCGACUACUGGACUCGGGCAUAUUAAGGCCCUGCCAAUCGGCCUGGAACACUCCCUUGCUGCUGGUUCAGAAACCGCACUACGAUUACAGGCCAGUCCAGGACUUGAGGGAAGUCAACCGGCGAGUAGAGGAUAUGCACCCUACGGUCCCAAACCCAUACACCCUCCUCUCCACCCUGCCUCCAGACAAAACUUGGUAUACGGUGUUAGAUUUAAAAGAUGCCUUUUUCAGCCUGCCUUUAGCACCCAGGAGCCAAGACCUCUUCGCCUUUGAAUGGACGGACCCUGAGAAAGGCAUCAAUGGCCCCCUCACCUCGACUCGACUACCACAAAGAUUCAAAAAUUCAUCGACCAUCUUCGAAGAGGCCUUACACGAAGACUUGGGUGAGUUCCGCUCCGAGCACCCUCAUUUGACUUUAUUACAAUAUGUAGAUGAUAUCCUGUUGGCGGCAGAGGACCAGGACAUGUGCCUGCAAGGCACCAGGGACUUGCUCCAGACCAUAGCGGCCCUAGGAUACCAGGCCUCAGCUAAAAAAGCCCAGAUCUGCAGAGCAGAGGUGAGCUACCUUGGGUACAAAUUAAAGGAUGGACAAAGAUGGUUGACGGAUGCACGGAAGGCAACUGUCUUAAGAAUCCCACAGCCGCAAACUGUCCGCCAGGUACGUGAAUUCCUGGGGUCAGCAGGGUUCUGUCGCUUAUGGAUUCCGGGUUUUGCUGAGAUGGCCAGACCCCUCUAUGAGGUCACCAGGCACCAGCAAAAGUUUGAAUGGACAGAGGCCAUGAACAGAGCCUUUAAUGACCUUAAACAGGCCUUACUGUCUGCCCCGGCCUUUGGGUUGCCCGAUCUAGCCAAGCCCUUCUACCUGUAUGUGGACGAGAAAGACGGGGUGGCAAAAGGGGUCCUUGUCCAGUACUUAGGGCCCUGGAAGAGACCCAUAGCCUAUCUCCCCAAAAAGCUGGACACGGUGGCUGCUGGAUGGCCCCCAUGCUUAAGAAUUAUUGCUGCGGUGGCCACUAUGGUCAAGGAUGCAGACAAACUGGCCAUGGGGCAAGAACUGCACGUUACCCCCCCACAUGCUAUUGCAGGGGCACUCAAACAGCCCCCAGACCGCUGGAUCAGCAAUGCCUGUCUGACCCAUUAUCAGAGCCUACUGCUGAACCCUACCAGAAUUUUAUUUAAGCCACCAACAACCCUGAAUCUGGCAACGCUACUCCCUAACCAGACUGGGACCCCCCCUCUGCAUGACUGUCAAGAAAUUUUGGCACAGGGGCACGGAGUCAGAGCUGAUCUCCAGGACCAGCCACUGUCGAAUGCGGAGGCCACCUGGGACACGGCCGGCAGCAGUUUUGUCCGAGAAGGAGUCAGAUGGGGGAGGGGGGGGGCAGCCGUAACCACGGAGACGGCGGCCGUCUGGGCGGGGCCACGGGCAGCCGGACCUCGGCUCAGGGCAGAACUGACCGCACUGGCCAAGGCGCUGACCAUGGGGGAAGGUAAACGAAUCAGCAUCUACGCCGACAGCAGGUCCGCCCUCGCCACCGCUCACCUCCACGGAGCCCUUUACAGGGAGGAAGGAGGGCUCCUGACAGCAGAGGGAAGGACUGUUCAAAACCAAACGGAGAUCCUUGAACUCCUGAGGGCCGUCCGGCUGCCCAAGGCCCGGGCCGUCACCCACUGUCCGGGGCACCAAAAGGCAGACAACGCCAGUAGCGGGGGAAACCGGUGAGCCGAUUUAAAAGCAAAGGAGGCGGCCCUUUUGGCGACCGAGGUCUUAGCAACCACGCUACCCGAUCCGGGGGCACCGACCCUGCCGGACACCCCCAACUAUACUGAUGCUGAUUUACACUGGAUCAAACGCUUGCCUGUGACCCAGCGCUUGCGUGGCUGGUGGAGGGCCGCAGACUCCAGCAUCAUCCUGCCAGAGGAACUAGGACGGCGAGGCCUAUCCCAAAUGCAUCGGAGUCCUCACAUGGGGACAAGGAAGACGGAAGACCUCAUACGACAUGCAAAGAUCACUAUUAAAGACUCUGGAGCAAAGAUCGAGCAGAUUGUGGCAAGCUGCCACGCAUGCCAGUUAACUAAUGCCACCGCCCAUGGAUCUAACCCGGGCACCCGGCUUCGGGGGGACCACCCAGGUGCCUACUGGGAAGUGGACUUCACUGAGGUAAAACCUGGAAAAUACGGAUACAGGUAUUUACUAGUGUUUGUAGAUACUUUUUCAGGAUGGACAGAGGCAUUUCCCACCAAACAUGAAACGGCACAGACCGUGACCAAGAAACUGCUGGAAGACAUCUUACCGAGGUAUGGUUUUCCUGUUAAAAUUGGGUCAGACAAAGGCCCAGGAUUCGUCUCUAAGGUAACAUAGGGAGUGGCACUAGUACUUGGGGCAGAUUGGAAAUUACAUUGUGCACAUAGGCCCCAGAGCUCAGGACAGGUAGAGAGGAUGAACAGAACAUUAAAGGAG